AUGGCUACUAACAACUUUAAAUACACAGCGUUACAUGAUAAAGAGAUUAGACUCUUAGUCCUCGAUGCAGGAAAAGAGGGAGACGCACUCUCAGGUGCUCUUAUCGCCGAUAAAUAUAUCCCCAGCGAACACGUGAUGAAGUACGAAGCAUUAUCAUAUACCUGGGGCGACCAGUCAAACCCAGAUUAUAUACAUCUGCGAAAUCCGAAACUAAUCGCUCAAGGCAAUUCAUGCAUUUGCGAUAAGAUCCCCUCUGGAUCACUAGCUAUUGGUUACAACCUCGCUCUUGCUUUGCGAUACCUCCGUCACAAGGACAACAGCCAAACCCUAUAG